CUAUGACAGUUUCAGGAAAGGGGUACAAGGCCCCUUCUCGCAGGGAUUUGAGUGGGAGGUUAGUAAAUUACUACAUAGUCCACUUGAUUUCAUUUUUAAUUAUUUUUUAGAUUUCUUGUUUAUUAAAUCAAAAUUGUGUACUAAGACCUAAUUUCACUUUGCACUUACAGGUUGCUCACAAAUGCAGUUGCUAGGGCAAGAGAAGUGAUGGAGGAUCAAAAAAUUGAAUGGGCAAAUUAUGGCUGCACCAUUCUUUCUAAUGGGUGGACAGAUGGCAAGAACCACACCAUCAUCAAUUUUUUGGUGGCUUGCAAGGACAAUGUAGUGUUCUUGAAAUCUGUUGAUGCCUCCAGCAAGGUGAAAAAUGCAGAAACAUUGGCUGGAAUGUUGGAGCAUGUCGUCAUGGAGGUGGGGGUAGAGAAUGUGGUGCAAAUCAUCACAGAUAAUGCAGCAGCAUAUGUGUCAGCAGGAAGAAUCUUCCAAGAGAGGCACCCCACUCUUUUUUGGACACCUUGUGCAACACAUGUCCUUGACCUUCUUUUGGAGGACAUAGGAAAACUUGAGUGGGUGACUCUAGUUGUGGAAGAUGCAAGGAGGAUCACCAAAUAUAUUUACAAUCACCCUUGGGUCCUAAAUUUGAUGAGACAGCACACCCAAGGGAAAGAUUUGGUGAGAGCUGGUGUCACAAGGUUUGCAACGAUUUUCUUGACGUUGCAAAGCAUUCUUGCUGCAUUGACUUCUUUGAAACAAAUGUUUGUGAGUGGAGAAUGGCUUAACUCACCUUAUUCAAAGAAGCCUGAAGGAGAGGUUGUCGCAUGCAUAGUCUUCGACAGCCAAUUUGCACAAAGGGCUGCAGAGAUUGGUUUCAAUCUGGUGAAAGAUAUCCCUAGCCCUGCUCUUGCUCAUUUAGAAAUUGUGAUUUAG